GGCGAUGGAGAAAUAUUUGAAAAUUACUACAGAAAACAAAGAAGGAAACAAGCAAGAUUAGUUCUGCAGCCGCAGUCAAGCAUGCAUGAAACAGUAGAAGGCUAUAGAAGAUACUUCAGUCAAAUUGUAGGUUUCUUUGUAGUAGAGGACCACAUUUUACAUGUAACCCAAGGAUUGGUAACUAGAACGUAUACUGAUGAACUCUGGAACAUGGCCCUUUCCAAGAUCAUUGCUGUUCUUAGAACACAUUCAUCGUAUUGCAGUGAUCCUGACCUUGUUCUGGAACUGAAGAAUCUGAUUGUAGUAUUUGCUGAUACUUUGCAGGGCUAUGGUUUUCCUGUGAACCGACUAUUUGAUCUUUUAUUUGAGAUAAGAGACCAGUACAACGAAACACUUCUUAAAAAGUGGUCUGGACUCUUCAGGGAUAUUUUUGAAGCGGACAACUACAGCCCUAUUCCUGUAGCAAAUGAAGAGGAGUACAAAAUAGUUAUAAGCAAAUUUCCUUUUCAAGAUCCAGAAAUUGAUAAGCAAUCCUUUCCAAAGAAGCUUCCAAUGUCUCAGUCAGUGCCUCAGAUUUAUAUCCAGGUUAAGGAAUUUAUUUAUGCAAGCCUUAAGUUUUCAGAGUCACUUCACCGCAGCUCAACAGAAGUAGAUGAUAUGCUCAGAAAAUCUACAAAUUUGCUGCUUACAAGAACUCUAAGUAGCUGUUUACAGAACCUAAUUAAAAAACCUCAUAUAGGUUUAACAGAGCUUGUUCAGAUCAUUAUAAACACAACACACCUGGAACAAGCCUGUAAAUACCUUGAGGAUUUUAUAUCUAACAUUACUAAUAUUUCACAAGUGACUGUUCACACUGCAAGACUUUAUGGACUUUCUACAUUUAAGGAUGCAAGGCAUGCUGCAGAAGGAGAAAUAUACACAAAACUUAACCAAAAAAUAGAUGAAUUUAUUCAGAUUGCUGACUAUGAUUGGACGAUGUCUGAGUCGGAUGGAAGAGCCAGUGGAUACUUAAUGGACCUUAUUAACUUCUUGAGAAGCACGUUUCAAGUUUUUACUCAUUUACCUAAUAACAACAAUGACCAUGCAGCUAUGUCGGGAAAAGUGGCCCAGACAGCUUGCAUGUCAGCCUGCCAGCAUCUUUCAACAUCCCUAAUGCAGAUGCUACUGGACAGUGAAUUAAAACAAAUAAGCAUGGGAGCAAUUCAGCAGUUCAAUUUAGAUGUGAUACAGUGUGAAUUGUUUGCUAGUUCUGAGCCUGUGCCAGGAUUCCAGGGAGACACCCUGCAGUUAGCUUUCAUCGACCUCAGACAA